AUGUCCAACAACUACACGUAUCUGAGUGAGCAUGACCUUCCAGGACUGAUCAGUGACCAGGCCAAGCAUGUCUUCACAGUCGUUGGUGCUGUUGUGCUAGCCGACCUGUUCUGCGUCUUCGGCAUUGGUGCCAACAUUCUAAACAUCAUCGUGUUCGCUAAACAAGGGACAGUAGACACCGUCAAUAUCAGUCUGUUAAGUCUUGCCAUUGGAGACUUGGGAGCUUUGACUACGCAGCUCUGGCUAAACAUCUGCCUAAACCCCUGGUUCGAGGAAUCAGACAUUCCAUUCAUCUCCUCAGAAAUUCAGUCCCAGUCUGCAGGAUUCCCCAACAGAUAUUUUACAAAGGUAACGGGUUGGGUUACUGCAUUUAUCAUGUUUGAACGUUGUCUGUGCAUUGCACUGCCUCUCAAAGUGAAAUCCAUAAUUACCAGAAAAUUAGCAAUUGUCUUCAAUGUGACUCUCUUCGUGCUACUCGGAAUGACUCUGUUCCCCACAUUCUACACUUCUUAUUACGAUUGGAAGUUUGUGCCUAAGAGAAACAGAACUCUUAUAGGGAUCUUUUAUACAGAAAAUAGAAAGGAAGUACUGGAAAUUUCUUUAAUCAUUACAGAAUUCUUGGUGACUUUCUCGUCGUUUACAAUCGUCACAGUCUGCACUUUGGUUAUCGUUAUCAAGCUCAUCAAAAAAGCAAAGUGGCGGAGUAGCGCUUCAGGAGCCUCGAUCGUUUCAGGAGACAACAUGUCGGGGAAGGACAGAAGUGUGGCCCGGAUGGUCGUCGUCAUCGCGGCUAUCUAUAUCAUCAGUUUCACGCCCAGUACAGCUCUGUUGACAACACGGGCUUUUGUGCCAGAGCUGAACUUCAUCGGCCGAUACGCGAAUCUUAACCGAGUUAUAGCCGUUAUUGGAAUGUUUUCUGAAGCAGUAGCUUCAAGCAUCAAUAUCUUUGUUUAUUACAAUAUGAGUUCCAAAUACAGGAAGACAUUUGAUGAGAGCUUGUGCAGGAGAAAACAAUGA